AUGAAGCUUAAGAAAUCCGGUUAUUUGAUGGAUGUUGAGAUGGUUCUGAUCGAUGGUAUGCUUAACAAUUUUAACCAUUUCUGGAAAGAAGAGGCCCUUUAUGAACUAAGGGUGUUUAAUGUUACAAGAUGCAACCCGAGUUUUCGGUUUGGUGACCCCCAUGUAGCUAUCACAUUUAGGGAUGAAAUUAUGUUCGUUGAAACAGCCGAAACUAUCAACCCAGUCCCAACGGAGAGCUUUAGGUUUUGGCAUUACGACCAACUAAUGCUCUUGGUUAACACAAACACUGAUUUGCUAUGUCUGUUUUGA